AUAAAUUUGACCCAACGCCACCGAGCUGUGGACUCUGCUUCGCUUCCUCUUGAAGAAAGAAAUCCGGUGGAUCUUCAGAGAGCACGAUGGUGAAACUCCUCACAGCUGUGGGCGUUCUGCUCGUCCUGCACAUGGCCACGUCCAAUAAACUGGUGUGCCACAUGACCAACUGGGCCCAGUACAGGCCCAGCAGUGCCAAGUUCACUCCGGACAACAUCGACCCCUUCCUGUGCACACACGUCAUCUACGCUCUGGCCAGCAUCAACAGCUUCAACCAGAUCAGCUCCAUCGAGUGGAACGACGAGGAGCAGUACAGCAGGCUCAACAACCUCAAGAGUGUUAAUCCUGCUCUGAAGACUCUUCUGACGGUCGGAGGAACAAUCAAUGGCUUGAGCCCAUUCAUCGCCAUGGUCGCCAAGCCCGAGGGACGCGCCACCUUCAUCAAGUCGGCCAUCAGCUUCCUCCGCACCCACAAGUUUGAUGGGCUGAACCUGGCCUGGGAAUAUCCCGGACAGAAUGGCAGCCCAGCGUCGGACAAGGAGAGGUUCACUCUGCUGGUCGCGGAACUCGCAAAGGCCUUUCAGGACGAAGCCAGGGAGGAAAAGAAGACUCCGCUGCUGUUGUCGGCCAAUGUGGCUUCUUUGCUUCCCACCAUCGACAGAGCCUACGAAGUCAAUAAGAUCGCACUUUCCCUGGACUUCAUCAACGUCAUGACCUAUGACUACCAUGGACACUGGGAGAAAGCUACUGGACAAAACAGCCCACUUUACCGCAGCUCCAUCGACUCCGGCUCACACAUUCAUCGCAACAUUAACUCUUCCAUCUCCCACUGGAUCGCUCUGGGAGCGCCAGCCGAGAAGCUGCUCUUGGGUUUCCCCACCUACGGCCGCACCUACCGCCUCACCGGCAGUGCAAGCGGCCUGGGGGCCCCAUCUAACGGCCCCGCAGAUGCCGGACCCUAUACUCGCACUGAAGGCAUGUGGGCCUUCUAUGAGAUAUGUGACUUCACCUCCGGUGCCAUAAAUGGAUGGAACUCUGAACAGGAGGUUCCUUACGCCACCUUUGGAAGUUCCUGGGUGGGCUAUGAUGACGAGCGCAGCUUUUCUGCAAAGGUUUCGUGGAUGAGUGCCAACAACCUGGGAGGGGCUCAUGUGUGGACUCUGGACAUGGAUGACUUUGGUGGAUACUUCUGCUCAACUGGACCUUAUCCUCUCGUCAGCCAUCUUAGGAUGUCAAUGGGCUUUCCCCCAAAGCCUACAACUACCAAACCCCCCCCGACCACCAGGGACCCCAUUAAAGACUUCUGCCUGGGCCGCCCCGAUGGUCUGUACGAAAACACGGCUAACAAGAGCACCUACUUCCAGUGUUUCCGAGGAAACACUUACCUGCACCACUGCCAGACCGGCCUCAUCUACUGGGACUCCUGCAAGUGCUGCGACUGGCCCUGAGCAACAGACUGAGCGACACGCACACACCAAAGGCACGCAUGUCCAACGCACUGAAUGACGACAGAGAAGACAGUGGCUAUUUAUGUCAUGACUGUAUAGCUCACCGCUUUCUUCAACAAAUUAAACAAAAUCUACUGAUCCGAUGAAUGAUAUGAAUGAUUUCAAAUGAAGUUCACAUUCAAAUGUUAUGCUGCUACCUACAUUAAUCCUUAAGGAUCCUUAAACAUUUGAUUACUCCGGUUUAAAGGAAAGUUACUCAUCCGUGAUUAGUAUCCAUUCCUCAAUUACACACGCAACUGUAUUAAAUUCAGUUGGAUUAUCAAUAAAAUGUCUACUGGGAUAAAAACAAUGAAUAAAAUAUUGAGGAAUCAAAAGGCAAUCAUAUGUGGAAGUAUUUUACACAUAAAUAUGUAAUAAUAAAGUAUACCACAAAUAUA